UCUUAUCGACAGUCUCAAGGUUGGUAUCCAUGAGUUGAACAUUAACCUAAAUGACGAAAAUAGAACUAAGCGAUAAAAGCUAAAUAGUAAUUAAUUAUUGACACACUAAUAAAGAAUUUGUAUUUAAACACUGGGUAAUGGAAUCGUUGUAUCAGAGCUGUUGGCUUUAACAUUUAUUCAUCAUGUUAUUCUACUCGUUUUUCAAGUCUUUAAUUGGUAAAGACGUUGUUGUAGAGUUAAAAAAUGACUUAAGUAUAUGUGGGACUCUACAUUCUGUAGAUCAAUAUUUGAAUAUUAAAUUGACUGACAUUAGUGUGACUGAUCCAGAAAAGUAUCCUCACAUGCAAUCUGUAAAAAAUUGUUUUAUCAGAGGAUCGGUUGUCAGAUAUGUUCAAUUACCAGGAGAUGAAGUUGAUACACAACUUUUGCAAGAUGCAGCCAGAAAAGAAGCUGCUGUACAAACUCGAUAACUUGACACUUAAAUUAAUAACUUAAACAUAAAAUAAAAUAAACUACAUUUAAAAUGUCAACCACAAACAAAUAAUAAUAAUGUGAAUGUAGAAAAUUAUUUUUUUUAAUACAUAAUGAUAUUGGCUUUUGGGAGAUUCGAUUAAUAAAAAAUGACAAAUAACAAAGUGUUUAAUUUUUUCAUUUAUUGAAAAUAUUUCUGUAAAAUGUGUAUAUCCGUUCGGCCACGCGGAUCAACAAACCGAAUAUUGGAUUUUAGAAAAGAAAAAUAAAAAUAUAUAUUAGCGAAAUAAUAAAACAGUGGA